UUGAGACGGGAAAAGAUUGACCUUGAAAAUACAUUGGAACAGGAACAAGAAGCACUAGUUAAUCGUCUCUGGAAAAGGAUGGACAAACUUGAAGCUGAAAAGCGAAUCCUACAGGAGAAAUUAGACCAGCCUGUCUCUGCUCCACCAUCACCUAGAGAUAUCUCCAUGGAGAUCGAUUCUCCAGAAAACAUGAUGCGCCACAUCAGGUUUUUAAAGAAUGAAGUCGAGCGGCUGAAGAAGCAACUUAGAGCUGCUCAGUUACAGCAUUCAGAGAAAAUGGCACAGUACCUGGAGGAGGAACGUCACAUGAGGGAAGAGAACUUGAGGCUGCAGAGGAAGCUUCAGAGAGAGAUGGAGAGAAGAGAAGCCCUCUGUCGCCAGCUCUCAGAGAGCGAGUCCAGCCUAGAGAUGGAUGACGAGAGGUAUUUCAAUGAAAUGUCUGCACAAGGACUAAGACCUCGCACUGUGUCCAGCCCAAUCCCUUACACACCUUCUCCGAGUUCAAGCAGGCCUAUAUCACCCGGGUGUCUGGCUCAGUGCCAGCUCUGUGGGGAGCUCCCGGGCCAGGAGGGCAAGUCAGUGAUCCAGCAAAGGAGGGAGACGGAGCAGAGGAAGGGGGGGAAGAAAAG